CUUCAUUGUAUAUAAAUGUGUCGGUCGGUAUGGUAGUUCAUCCGACCUUUGGAACCAAUAUAAAGGUUAUCUUAUCCGCGACCCGUCUGUCCCGCCACCUCCGGCGCCUGUAACCUUGAUAACCUCAUCCGCGGAGAUACCGUCGGUCGCGAUGGACAUUGCCGGAUAUCGAUAAACUUUACGCCUAUUAUAUUUUCCACCAUCUGGCAACACAACACAACAGCAGACCGACCAGUCUCAUUUCCUCGAUGAUAAAUAAAAAAAAAUUUUCAUCACUCCAAUCUACUGACCUCCAAAAGCAAAAUAGAACAUCACGUCUAAAUUUAUACCAACCGCCUUAGAAUAAUAACAAGAGUAUUAUUUAUAAGAACUAGUUUGCAAAAUUAAAGAAAUGUAAUGUAUUAUGUUAAAAAAAAUACUACUCUUUGUGUCUUUCGUUAUCACGAAUAAGUGGUAUUGAUUUUAUUUGAAUUUAGGAAGAUAAUGAUCUCUCUGACAUUAAUUCCUUGCCCUACCUGGUAAGAAUUAUCUGUAACGAAUCAAUCCUUUGUUUUAUUCGAAAUAUAUGCUUAAAAUGUAAAUUCAUUAGCGAUUAAGGUCUGUCCUAGCUUGGUUGAAGGUUCCUGUACAAAUUUUGCAAUACAGCCAUUGCUAUUUGGAAAAAAUGCUUGAUUAACAAAUCCCCUUGUCAAUAUUUUGUGAAUGGAGACCCUCUUUGUUGACCCUGUUUUAUUAUUAGUUGUUGUGAUAGCGGCAAGCGGAGGCUUUGCCGUUGUCGCCAUUAGCACGGAACCUGUAGGUAUUUAACGUAGAAAACGUUAUUAUAAUUUUACAAAAAAAGUCUCAAUGUUCGCAAUGACGAUUAUCUAAAAUACGUUUAUGUCACCGUGGAUGACUAUUAAUCCACUCUAAUUAGUUAGGAAAUAGGCACUACUUCAAUGAAAAUAUAUCAUUGACUUACUAUAAUUCAUUCGCCGGAAUAAACUGUUUAGGAAUAUUGACACUUCUGCGGGUUCAUUAUUUAUGUGGGCAGUUUGAGAUAAUAUAGUUAAACCUUUCCCGCAUCCAGUUUCCAAAGUAUGUCAAAUGGCAAUCAAUAACAAAGAUGUCGACCUUGACUCGGGUUCGGGGCCAAGGCCGCGCAUCCAGUUUGUUUGUGCAUCAAAAGUUCGUUUGAUUUUUCCGGUAUCUUGUAGCUCAGUUUAGUCCGAAUUUCAACUUGUUGACACACCAUGGCUUCCUAGGAGUUGAUUCACCUACGCAUUGCUUAAGUUCUUUGGGGUCGAUGACAUUUUGAUGACAAAAUAAAUGCGCUGUGUCUGUCACCACUUUUUGUCUUCGUAUCUCGCCCUCGCAUACCAUAUAUUGUGGUGGCAUGUUAUGUAUAGGUAUGUUUGUGUGUUAUUAAUGUUUGAACAGGCAUUUAAUAACAAAUUUCACUGUAAUAAACAUAAUAAACUACUAACAUACCUACUGUGCCUGUAUUAUCUGCCUCUUGUUGUCUUACUUUAAUUUCUAUUUCUGCAAUGUUUAAAGUUCAUUCUUUCUCUGCUUGUUUAUUUAAUUACUUAUAGCAACUUUUAACAAUUGAUAAAAAGAGAAGUGAUAUUUGAAAACUUUAUAAACUAUAAAUAAUAUGGUGUUGCAAGUGGCCCUUUCCUAAAUAUGCAAGCCAACACAUAAGAUGACUCAUUAGCGUCAUUGAACUUAACCUACAGGCGUUUUUCCGGUUCCACAAAUUUUGUACCGUAUGGUAGGUCCAAAGUCCUUAAUUGUUGAUACAUUCAGCUUCGCCUUUGUGUGUCGUCAUCUCCGGAACAGUGCAUAUAUCGGCGGACUUCGCUCCGCAUUGUGCUUAACCUAAAUAGGCUGAGGACUACCGUUUGAAGAACAUUUUGUUUAAUUGUACUUCAUUCUGUUUUUGAUUCUGACUAACUUGUUGCUUACAUUUUGCCGUGAAUCGGAACGCAUGUUAUUCAAUUAAUUCAUUCCCUUAUUGGAGACAAUAAUCCAUACUCUGCUAAAUUCCUAAAACCAUUUCCUUUGUUGGACACUCGUGUCGUUCUUCGUUGUUCUUGUAUUGUUUGAAUUGCUUUGUUUUUGUGGCAUCGUGUACAGUCAUCUUUACAAUGAGGAGGAUCACGUGCGUUUUAUUCAGUCGCGUCGCGCGAUGCGAUGAGCAUGCGCCACUUCGCUGAUAUAAUACGUUCGUACGAUUAAAUUAUUCACCCCACAAGAGCGCCAGAAUCAAACAUUGUGCCUACCAAAGAAAUAGAUACUGAAAAUGACAUUUAAGAAUACAGAAAUGUUUAUAGACGAAAAUGAGACACCGGAGUCAUGGUGGGUGUCGGCGGUUCUGAAGGCCAUCAAGGCGGUCGCGCUGGUGUUCGAUAUCCUCACAUUUCCCAUACACCUUAUUUUUCAAAGGCCUUGGAAGAAACGCGCCCUCUCGCGCCGGAUAAAGGCACGAAUCAUAGAAAGCACGACGAACAGCCUAACAGUCCGCUCGGUAUGCGCUCCGAGUCAACUUCACAUCAGGAUGGUCCGCGACGGCGUCACCACCAUGGAGACGAUGCUGAGGGCAGCGGCCGCGCGCUGGGACGAGCGGCCCUGUCUCGGUACGCGAACGGUGCUGGGCGAGGAGGAUGAGCCGCAAGCAAACGGCCGCGUCUUUAAGAAGUUCAACAUGGGCAACUACGAGUGGCGCACGUUCACUGAGGUGGAGGCGGAGGCGGGCCUGUUCGCGUCGGGGCUGCGCGAGCUGGGCUGCAAGCCGCGCCACAACCUCGCCAUGUUCGCGGAAACGCGCGCCGAGUGGAUGAUCGCCGCCCACGGCUGCUUCAAGCAGAGCAUCCCCGUGGUAACAAUAUACGCAACCCUCGGCGAUGAUGCCAUAGCGCACGGCAUCAACGAGACGGAAGUGUCAACGGUGAUCACAUCCCACGAACUGUUGCCCAAAUUCAAGAAGAUCUUGGCAAAGACACCGAAGGUGGACACCAUCGUCUUCAUGGAGGACCAGCUGCAUCCCACGAAGACGGACGGCUACAAGGAGGGGAUAAGAAUCGUCGGAUAUAAAGAGGUGCUGCGAAUGGGAUCUAAGUCGAAAAUUGAUCACGUACCGCCGUCCCCCGAAGACACUGCUAUCAUUAUGUACACUUCUGGCUCGACGGGCGUUCCCAAAGGCGUAGUACUCUCCCAUCGCAACAUGGUGGCCACACUGAAAGCAUUCGCCGAUUCGGUGCCAAUAUACGACGACGACUUACUGAUGGGCUUCUUACCGCUAGCACACGUUUUCGAGCUGCUCGCCGAGAGUCUCUGCAUCGUGGCUGGUGUCUCGAUCGGUUACUCCACCCCGCUGACUAUGCUCGAUACGUCCAACAAGAUCAUGAAGGGAACCCAUGGCGACGCGACCACUCUGCGGCCAACCUGCAUCACCACUGUACCGUUGAUAAUGGAUCGCGUAAGCAAAGGCAUCACCGACAAAGUGUCGAAGAGCGGCGAAUUCGCGAGCGCAUUCUUCAAGUGGGCGUACACGUACAAGCAGACGUGGAUGCGACGCGGAUACGACACGCCAAUACUCAACAAACUGAUGUUCACCAAGAUACGCGGCCUACUAGGCGGCCGCAUUCGCCUCAUGCUGUCAGGCGGAGCCCCCCUAUCGCCCGACACUCACGCGCAGCUGCGGAUCUGCCUGUGCGCCGACAUCGUGACCGGAUACGGGCUCACCGAGACCACGUCCUGCGCCACCGUCAUGGACCCGCACGAUAGAUCAACGGGUCGCGUGGGCGCGCCUACGACAGGCACGGACAUCAAACUAGUGAACUGGGAGGAAGGCAACUACCGUGUCACCAACCAACCUUUCCCGCAGGGCGAGAUAGUGAUCGGCGGCGAUUCCGUAGCCGAAGGAUACUACAAGAGCCCGGAGAAGACGCGCAACGAGUUCGUCGAGAUCGAUGGCCGGCGCUGGUUCAAGUCCGGCGACAUUGGCGAGCUGCACCACGACGGGUGCAUCAAGAUCAUAGACCGCAAGAAGGACCUAGUCAAGCUACAAGCCGGCGAAUACGUUUCCCUAGGCAAAGUGGAAGCGGAAUUGAAGACUUGCCCCCUAGUAGAGAACAUUUGCGUAUACGGCGACAGCUCUAAGACUUACACCGUGGCUUUAUUAGUGCCACACCCGGCGAGAUUGGCAGAAUUAGCGGCACGAGAGGGGCUGCCUGAAUUAGACUUCGAGAAACUAUGCAAAUCGCCGCAAAUUGAGAAGGCCGUGCUGAAAGAACUAGCGGAUCAUGCCAAGAAAUGUGGCUUGGAGAAGUUCGAAGUGCCGCUCGCCAUUAAACUAUGCACGGAAGUAUGGUCUCCCGAUAUGGGCCUAGUGACUGCCGCUUUCAAGAUCAAGCGCAAAGACAUCCAAGAGCGAUACAAGGAGGACAUCAAGCGGAUGUACGCCUCGUGAGCAAACUAAUCCUCCCAGCGCCGAGUGAGAACCCUCUACACACGAUCGCGUUAGCGUUUAUGAUUCGAAAGUCGCGUAAAAAUGAGCCUUGGGUUCAGAAAAUAAAGAAGGUUUUUACGUAAUGCCGAAAAAACUCAUUUUAAAUGUAGCAUGUAUAAUAGUUGCUCUUGGAAUGUUAAAGGAUUCCUAAAGGUGUAUAAAACCUAAAUCUAUAAACUGCUGUUUCUUGUACACACACAUUUUAAUUUUCUUUUGUAAAACGGAAUUUUAGUUCCCUUCAAGGUUUUUUUACGUAACGUCUACUAUUUAUAUGAUAUUUAUUAUUUAACGUAAGCGCCAUCUAUCGGCGUCAGCGGCUAUGAUUGUUCCAUUUGGAUAUAAUAAUGUGUGUAUACGCGAUCGAGUGCGGAGACUCGCAACUCCACACGAUGUCUACGCAUAUCUCCAUGGCACCGGCGCAACGGGCGCGGCUUAGAAACGGUGCGAUUCAAACUUAAUAUGGCGGCUGUGGACAAACGAAAUGUAGGAUAAUGUAGGUGCGCGUGUUAUCUAACCAUAGAGGUAUAAGAAUAGAGUAGGGGAGAUAUAGACUCUAUGAGAAGUGGAAGUGUCCCU